AUAUAAAAAUAGAUUCGGUGGGUUCGAGAAAAAUUGAACAAUUAAGUGGAGUGACAUGUCGAGCUAGGCCCAAUUACCCUGUGUUCGAUCUGACAGAGUUUCUAACACCCAUUUUUUUUCCUUUGGCCAAAGAUCUGCUGCAAAAUGGCGACCCUUACGGCUCACUUUCCAAAACUUCGCAUUCUUUGGUCGAGGAGCCCCCACGAGACCCUGAGACUCUUCAAGGCAUUAAAGGCGAACCACGAGGAAGUGGAUGUUGCGAAAGCGGUCGACGUUGGGAAAAAAGACUCCCUCGAAUCGCUGCUCAAGUCGGACAAGACAGACGAAGGGGGUGACGAGGAGAACGAAGAAGACGAGAUCAACGAGGCCGGACGAGAUAUGCUACUCCAGCUCCCCGGGGUCACCAUCCAGCUUGCCCGCAAGAUCAUGCACGAAUGCGAUUGCUUGGCAGAUUUGAUAGCCCUGAACCGAGAUCAGCUUCGCGCCUUGGCGGGUCCCUCCGUAGGGCAGAAACUGUUUACGUGAGUUGUUUAUUCGCACUGUGUCUUCUAGAUUUGGAACUUUUGUAUCUGUAUUGGCAAAAUCAACCAUAAUUUUCAAC